AUGGAAGGACUACUGGUAGUCUUAGGCGCUACAGGGACCCAGGGAGGCUCCGUUAUCGACCAUGUUCUACAACAAUCCCCCAAAGCCCAGAUACGCGGCGUGACACGUAACACUUCCUCAACGACUUCGUUGGCUCUUCGGGAGAGGGGGAUCGAGAUGGUUCAAGCGGACAUGGAAGACUGUGCGUCUCUGACCAUGGCACUGAAAGUCAGUCCAUCUGUUUCCCGUCAUGACGUCCUGCAGGUCGCUGAACACAUCACCCAGGGAGCCUCCUUUAUCUUCGCCGCCACGGACUACUGGGAGCCCUUCAUCAACUACCUCCAAUCCGGCCGCUCGGACAAAUGGCAACAAGCAGAAGCAGACGAAGUCCGCUGCGGCAAGAACAUCGUCGACGCCGCCUGCCAGACUCUCGACACCCUGGAGCAUUUCGUCUUCUCCUCCCUGCCGAGCCCGGACGCCAUCUCCAACCAUACGUUUUCCAAUCUUUACCACUUCGAGGGAAAAGUGAAGAUUGUUCGUUACAUAGGAGAGAAAGGCUUGCAAUGCCCGACAGGGAAACGCGUAUGUGAUAAUGACUUCGGAGAGGAAUUUGCUGAGUCGAAGCAGCUGCGAGAUGUCACGACGGUGCUUUGGUGCGGGUGUUACAUGGAGAACUUUCAGCGGUGGGAUUUGAAUUCGUACCUUGUGCCGAAGGACAACGGCGAAGGAAAGUUCGUGAUGAGCACGCGAGCCCAUCCUUCAACCCCAAUGGAGUUCCUGGCCUGUGGCAAGGACGUUGGGCUGUUCGUGACAGCAGUCCUGCAACGCCAACCGCAGGGCGUCGACGGGACGCCCGUCAUUGCAUCCCCAGCGUCCAUGACAUUAGAAGAUGCCUGCGCUGCUCUUGGACAGCUGACUGGACGUAACAUUCUGUACCAACAGAGUGCGGUUGAAGAGAUGGCGAAGGGUUCGCCGAUCGGUGCAGUCUUCGAGCGGAUGUACGAAUUUUACAACACCUAUGGAUGGUCGGGGGGUGUGAAGGCAGUUGGUCGUGAGGACAUAGGUCUCUCCGGCAAGACCAGCACGUUUGAGUCUUUUGUUGGAGAACACAACUGGGACGGCUUCUUCGUGAAGACAGAUGACUAG